AACGCUUUGAAAAGUGUCGUUGUUGUUCGCCAAUCAAUUUUAUACGGUUUCAAUUUAAUUUUGCUAAAAAGGAAGUCAGUCGCGUUUUGAGGCGACAUUUAAAUAUUGCUGUGAUUCGAAAACCGUUAAAGGAUAUAGAAACAAGUUUGGUGAUUAUUAAGAGGAUAUGUUAAUGUUAAAGAUACUCUUUUUUACAUUUAUCAUAGCUUUGGCUAGUUGUGGUGUUAUAGGUCCCUAUGGACCCCAUUAUGCCCCAGAGGGUCCAUUACACUAUGGACCAUAUGCGCCUCACGCUCCUGUAGCCUAUGCACCGGCUCCCAAACCGGCUGCCCCCGAACCAUAUGAUCCUGUUCCUAAAUACAGUUUUGGCUAUGACAUACAAGAUGGCUACACUGGAGAUUCAAAGAGUCAACACGAAACUCGUCAUGGUGACGUAGUCAAAGGUAGUUAUUCGGUGGUAGAUCCUGAUGGUACCAAACGUACUGUUGACUACACGGCUGAUCCUCAUAAUGGUUUUAAUGCUGUGGUGCGCAAAGAACCUUUGGCUUAUAAGGCUCAUGCUCCAGUAUCCGUAGUGCCAAUACCGGCUCCCGCUCCUCCAUUACCACCAGUGCCCAAAGUUCCAGCACCCGUACCAGUAGCCUUGCCUGUUCAUUAUGGUGGUCCGGGUCCAGCACAUGGUCCAGCACCCGGUCCUCUACCUGGUCCACAUUAUGCUGCUUAUCCGGCCUUACAUUAUGGUCCCUAUGGUCCGGGUCCCGGACCAGAUCCCCAUCACUUGGGCCACUAUUAUCAUAAGUGAAUAUAUUUUAUAUUCUCUCGACAUUAAACAGCAUACGGCGACUUUUUCCAACAAUUUUCUCUCAGUUUCUUCAGAUCUAGUGCUUAAUCUCUAGUUUAUGUAUAUUUUUUUCUCUAAACUUUCUGUUUUAUCUCUUAAACUUUUGUUUUUACUGUUAUUUUCGUAGUUGUUAUUCUCUUUUUAUGUGUCUCUUUAAUUGCUAGUUUACUUUUACUUUACUACCUCUUUAAUUUUGUUUUUAUUGUUAUUUGCUGCAUUCAUUCAUUUCGUUUUCACUUUUAUUCCUUUUCAAUUAUAUGGCUCAUUCAGUUCAGUUCAGUGUGUAAGUUGUGCUUUUGUAUUUAAUUUUUCUACUUUUUAAUUUAAUUCCAUCUUAUUUCUAUAAAUCUGUUGCUUACUUUUACUUAUUUAAAGAAAUUCUUUUGUAUAAAAUAUUUAAUUUAAUAAAGACAAUGUGUGUGUUGUUGUUUUCAAAGAAA